AUGGCCCACUUGCAGACUCGCAGGCAUAUCUCUCCAGACUCAGGCUUCCCAGUAACCCUUCAUCCUAAGUUCAACGCCAAGAUCAAAGACCAUGUCCCUCCUGACCCCAUCCGUGAGCCUUUCACCCCGCCCAAGGAUCGGGCCUCUUUUGCCGAUAAAGAAAAGAAGGCGUUGUUCUCGGUCGCGAAGCGCGUAGAUCUAACAGAGUCAAUUGGCACUGUACUCGAAAACGUGCAGCUGUCGCAGCUAAGUGGGCAGCAACUGGAUGAGUUGGCCUUGCUCGUGAAUGAGCGUGGAGUGGUGUUUUUCCGAGACCAGGACUUGACCACAGAGAAGCAGGUCGAGCUCUUUGAGCACUAUGAUGACACUAUUCUGGAUCUUUGGGGCGUGGGACCCAACCGCCCUCCGAUUGACACCCAUCAUCCUGCGGUCCGCACCCACCCAGUCACGGGACUGAAAGCCCUAAAUGUCAACCCGGGUUUCGUGACGGGAUUUGCAGAGCUGAAGAAGCUCGAGUCGGACAAGCUACUGGACUUCCUGUCAUAUCAUAUUCACGCGGCUGAUGAUCACUAUGUCCGAUGGAAAUGGGCAGUUGGAAGCGUUGCGAUGUGGGAUAAUAGAGUGAUUCCCGGUACGUAUAAAGGAGCUCGACGGGGAAUCCGGACUACAGUGUUUGGGGAGAAACCCUACUUGAACCCUACAAGCGAGAGCCGCCUAGAGCGUCAAUCUCGUGAAGAAAGCGAAACCCAGAAAGAACACGAGAAAGACAACGAAGACAUCGGGAUGGGUCAAAAAUUGCGGCUUGAGAGAACGUAA